UUUUGUCUCCUGGGUUCCUCCAUUUUCCCAGUUUCUAUUCCUUUUUUAAUUGUUACUGUCUGGAAAAUUCAUGCUCAUUGGGCUUUGCUUAUAGAAGCAUCUGAAGAACCACUUUGGGUUUUGGAGUAGGUAGUAUUGAAUCUGGUGGAGAAUUGAGUAAAGACUAAAACGGAAGAAGGAUACUCUGUUAGUGUGCAAUCUGGUGAAGCUGGUCUCUUUUAGAACAAAGGCUUGUGCUUUGUUGUAGUUCAGUUACCAAACAUGCCUAUCAGGAAAAUGAAGGAGAGCUCAGAGCAACACCUUGUGAUCAAAACCCAUAUACAGAACUCAGCAAACCCAGUUCAGAAGGCACCCAAAACUGCCCAAAAUGGCAAAGGCCCACCAACCCCAGAACCUCAAAACCCCAAAACUCAGAACCAAACUUCACCUCCAACUAAGAACAGAGGAAGGAGAAGGGGUAGAGGUGGUCGAAAGUCCGAUCAAGGCGAUGUUUUUAUGAGGCCUAGUUCACGACACUGCACAGUGGCUCAUAUUCCAGCCUUACCAAACCUGGCUGGAGGAGGUCCUAUUGUUACUACUACAAAUGGCUCAUUGGAAAAUGGUGGGAAUUCAUGUGCCAUGGAGAUGGGUUUCCCCACUUCCAGCAAGUCUUUGAGCUUUGCACCUCGGCCUGGUUAUGGACAAGCUGGAAUAAAGUGUGUUGUAAAGGCCAACCAUUUCUUUGCAGAGUUACCAGACAAGGACUUGAACCAUUAUGAUGUUAGCAUAACUCCCGAAGUUACUUCUAGAGUUGUGAACAGAGCUAUCAUGGCGGAACUGGUGAGACUGUACAGAGAAUCUGACCUAGGAAUGAGACUGCCUGCUUAUGAUGGUAGAAAGAGUCUGUACACUGCUGGUGAGCUACCCUUUGUUUGGAAGGAGUUUAACAUCAAGCUUAGUGAUGAAGAAGAGCGAAUUGAUGGCCGAAAAAGAGAAAGGGAAUAUAAAGUGGUGAUUAAAUUUGUUGCUCGAGCAAACAUGUAUCAUUUGAGCCAGUUUCUGGCCGGUAAAUGUGCUGAUGCUCCCCAGGAGGCUCUCCAAAUUCUUGACAUUGUUUUAAGAGAGCUCUCAGCAAAAAGGUACUGUCCCAUUGGAAGAUCUUUUUUUUCACCUAAUAUCCGAACACCACAACGGCUUGGUGAGGGGUUGGAGUCAUGGUGUGGGUUUUACCAAAGUAUAAGGCCUACCCAAAUGGGUCUCUCCCUCAAUGUUGAUAUGGCUUCAGCUGCAUUUAUUGAGCCUCUCCCUGUAAUAGAGUUUGUGGCCCAGCUUCUGGGAAAAGAUGUUCUAUCUAGGACAUUGUCUGAUGCUGACCGUGUAAAGAUUAAGAAGGCUCUUAGAGGGGUGAAAGUUGAAGUUACCCACAGAGGAAGUGUUCGAAGAAAGUAUCGAGUGUCAGGACUGACAUCUCAACCUACAAGAGAGCUAGUGUUUCCUGUUGAUGAGAACUCGACGAUGAAAUCUGUAAUUGAAUACUUCCAGGAGAUGUAUGGCUUUACAAUUCAACAUGGACAUCUUCCUUGCCUUCAAGUUGGCGGAAAUCAGAAGAAGGCAAAUUAUUUACCAAUGGAGGCCUGUAAAAUUGUUGAGGGGCAACGAUAUACAAAAAGGUUGAAUGAGAAACAAAUUACUGCUCUUUUAAAAGUUACAUGUCAAAGGCCUAGGGAUCGUGAAAAUGAUAUCCUCCAGACCGUUCAACAGAAUGCUUAUGACCAAGACCCUUAUGCUAAUGAGUUUGGGAUCAAAAUCAGUGAAAAGCUCGCUUCAGUUGAGGCUCGAAUUCUUCCAGCCCCUUGGCUGAAGUAUCAUGAAACAGGAAAAGAAAAGAAUUGUUUGCCUCAAGUAGGUCAGUGGAAUAUGAUGAACAAGAAAAUGAUCAAUGGGAUGCCAGUUAGCCGGUGGGCUUGUAUUAACUUCUCACGGAGUGUGCAAGAGAGUGUUGCUCGUGGAUUUUGUAGUGAACUUGGUCAGAUGUGUCAAGUAUCUGGCAUGGAAUUUAAUCCAGAACCUGUAAUUCCAAUCUACAAUGCCAGGCCUGAGCAAGUAGAGAAAGCUCUAAAGCAUGUAUAUCAUGCAUCCAUGAACAAAACAAAAGGAAAAGAACUAGAGCUCUUAUUGGCUAUUUUGCCUGACAACAAUGGGUCCCUGUAUGGUGAUAUCAAGCGAAUAUGUGAAACAGAUCUUGGAUUAAUCUCGCAAUGCUGUCUUACAAAGCACGUUUUCAAGAUUAGCAAACAGUAUUUGGCUAAUGUGUCCCUGAAGAUAAAUGUUAAGAUGGGUGGCAGAAACACUGUACUUUUGGAUGCCAUCAGCUGCAGGAUACCUUUAGUCAGUGAUAUACCAACCAUAAUUUUCGGAGCAGAUGUGACUCACCCGGAGAAUGGAGAAGACACCAGUCCCUCUAUUGCUGCGGUAGUGGCUUCCCAGGAUUGGCCGGAAGUGACCAAAUAUGCUGGGUUAGUUUGUGCUCAACCUCACAGACAGGAACUGAUACAAGAUUUGUACAAGACAUGGCAGGACCCUGUUCGUGGCACAGUCAGUGGCGGCAUGAUUCGGGAUCUUUUGGUUUCCUUUAGGAAAGCGACAGGGCAGAAGCCUCUCAGGAUUAUAUUUUACAGGGAUGGCGUAAGUGAAGGGCAAUUUUAUCAAGUCUUACUUUAUGAGCUUGAUGCGAUUAGGAAGGCAUGUGCUUCUCUGGAACCCAACUAUCAACCGCCAGUGACUUUCAUUAUAGUACAAAAGCGGCACCACACACGAUUAUUUGCCAAUAACCAUAGGGACAGGAGCAGUGUAGAUAAGAGCGGCAACAUACUGCCUGGCACUGUGGUUGAUACCAAGAUAUGCCAUCCUACAGAAUUUGAUUUCUAUCUCUGCAGCCAUGCUGGUAUACAGGGGACAAGCCGGCCGGCUCACUACCAUGUUCUCUGGGAUGAGAAUAAUUUUACUCCUGAUGGAAUCCAGUCGUUGACAAACAAUCUUUGCUACACAUAUGCAAGGUGCACCCGCUCCGUGUCUGUUGUACCUCCGGUAUAUUAUGCACAUUUGGCUGCUUUCCGUGCUCGAUUUUAUAUGGGGCCAGAUCUGCAGGAAAAUGGCUCUAUUGGUCAUGCUGGUAAGGGCACACGGACUGCAGGAGAGUCUGGAGUCCGGCCAUUGCCAGCUUUAAAGGAGAAUGUAAAGAGAGUAAUGUUUUAUUGUUAGAAGUUGAAGAGGUUGGUUAGGAUUGCUGAGAAAGAUGCUGCAAUUCGGAAAUGCUCGUUCGUCAUGGUCAAAAUUCCUUCUUGUUAGACAAACCAUGUAUGCAUGGCUCAAGGUCUUCCAGUUUAAAGUAUAGCAGGAGGGAAGAAAAGGAAAAGCUAUAUUCCCAGUUUAGGUCAGUGAUGAUAGUGCUAGAGUUCAUUGAUCAUAGGUAACAACAGGUCCUUAGUCUGCAGUGUAGAUCACCCAUUAUGGGAUGUUUGUCAGUUCUAUGCUCUCUGUAAAGUAAAGGUUAAUUAAUGAAUCAAGUUUUAUAGUUCUGUAG